GAGCGCUGCGCAGCUCGUGCCACCUCUGGCAGGGGGAGCACUGUCGGCGGACUCCGCCGGGUCUGCACCCGUCCCGAAUGCUGAUCUGUCGCCUGCCGAGUCGCUGUUGAAGCUGGACGAGUUGAUGGACGAGCUGCACGAUCAGCCGGGGGCGCAGUGGAGCCAGGGAGAGGCCGAGGGCGAGCGCGGAGAGGGCGCGAACCAUAACCGGGACGGCCGGCUGCGUGCGGCGACGGCAGCCGCUGCGUUGAGACAAGGGGCCUCCUCGCCUCUUUCUCCAGGGGCGUCCUCGCCUUCCCCUCCGGGAGGCUCCUCGCCUCCUCCUCAGGGAGCCCCCUCGCCUAUUCCGGGAGCCUCCUCGCCUCCUGCUCCGGGAGUCUCCUCGCCUCCUCCUCAGGGAGCCUCCUCGCCUCUUCCGGGAGUCUCCUUGCCUCCUUUAACAGUGUCCUCGCCGCCCCCUCCGGGAGCCUCCUCGCCUCCUGCUCCGAGGGCCUCCUCGCCGCUACCGGCGGAAGGGGUAAGCUGUCAGCACGAGUCUGUCCGGAUGGCGGCACGUGGUGCCUCUUCCCAGCAGACCGGCGAGGCACUGAUACAGUCCCGGGGCGGCGCUGAGGUCCCGGCCCGGCCAGCUGAUCAGAAGUUACGUCAGUCGCAGGACGACACUGAGAUCACCAGCCCGGUGUUUGGUGACCAGCCGUCGGCCGGCCCGGCCUUCCGGUAUGACCAGGGCCCCGUCCGGCGCAAGGCCGACCGACAGAAGCUGCCCGGCUGGGCCUGCAACCUCUGCAAGGAGUGGUACGCGGACAGGGGGUUCUCCGAGUCCCAGCUGCGGGAGCACAUGAACCGGUGCAGCCGCCACCGACAACGGGAGCCGCCACCUCCGGACACGCCGCCAGGCUUCUGGGACCCACUAGCCUUCCCGUCCAUGGACACCACCCAGUUCGGCGUGGGCCUCCGCUCCCGGACACGCAGGAAGCUGUGAGUGCCUCCCGCUUGGGCGGCCCGUGCCGGAGUGCCCGUCCACUGGCGCUGGGAGUGCUCGAGCUCCGCCGCUCGUUACGAGGAGCCGUGCCGGUGUUGCGCCGCCCCACGCUGGUUGGUCGUGACCAGUGGUGAGGAGAUUCCCCGCCUGCGCUGGUUGGUCGUGACCAGUGGUGAGGAGAUUCCCCGCCUGCGCUGGCUGGUCGUGACCAGUGGUGAGGAGAUUCCCCGCCUGCGCUGGUUGGUCGUGACCAGCGGUGAGGAGAUUCCCCGCCCCGCGCUGGUUAGUCGUGACCAGUGGUGAGGAGAUUCCCCGCCUGCGCUGGUUGGUCGUGACCAGUGGUGAGGAGAUUCCCCGCCUGCGAGGACGCACGGCCAGUCGACGCGUCAGUGCACGACUCGCCUCGCGCAGAGGCCGUCGUGGCGCUGAGAUUGAUUAUCUGCCAUCGGGCUCCCGUCGAUUUGUAUUCCGCCGUGGCCGCGUACCGGGUGCCGUGGGCGUUACACCGUCCUGAUGAUUAGUCAUGAUGGAAGGGUAGCGGACGUGCGGAACCAACUGCGUGCGUGGCAAAAUGUUUUUUUCUUAUGCGUGAGUAAAAUCGAUCGUGAAAGUGCAUGCCCUCUUCUCUUGUCCGUUUAAUUCUCAUGUCAACCAUCUUCUGUAAUUUGUGUCAAUUUGUAUGCGCCAUCCUCAUCCUGGAUCAGGUUCGGAGGAUGGAGACGCAUGCUCAGCAUCGCACUACAGUUACGGCCUACUUUCCAAUAACCUUACAUUGGCUGGUGUAUCAGUGCCUCCCAGCAAGCAUCACGGCAGUGCUUCCGAGUC